CAGGUGCGGCCUGUCGUAAUCUUUUUCCAGCAAAGACGCAAGAAGCGAUAGUGUGCUCUUUCACCCUCUCAUAUUAGAGGUGAAGGAAAGACGCGUCUCUGAAUACGCGUAAUGAACAAAAUAAAGAAAAAAACUGUGUUCCUUCACGAAUUUGCUGCGGACGAUCUAUCGAAAGGAUUUUUGUUCUGAAAGUGGUAACAGUAUCAGGUAACCAAAGGGAUCAAAUGCUCUCAUUAGCACGAGAGCAAUGCGUAAAAUCUCCCUCCCCUAUAGAUCCGGCGCUGGCUAGGUGUCUUGAAAGAUUCUACUGUUAUCGAGUCGGUCCGCCAACUGUAAUGAAAAUGUCAGAAAUUUAUUUGUACCAUUUCGUUAUGAGAUUCAUUCACUUUUGUGCUUGAAGCAUUUCCUGCUGACACAUGAAUCGCUGUGCUCUCCGCAGCGGACGGCAACAUGUAUACCUGCAGGAGCGGGUACGCUUCUAUACUUCCGUUUCCAAUAUUGAGGUCACUGUCUUUUUUUCAGGUCCUGGCGCGAAGGAACCACGUCCUGGGACUUUUACGCAGGAGAACAGUAUGUAUGAUUUGGCACCAUGCCUCAUUGUUCAAGGGUGCUUCGGUCUUUCAAGUUCAUCGUUCACUGCUUACUUGUGUCAAAUGGAUGGCACUGUCGUGAUGAGUUUCCAACGCCUUCUGAGACUUCAGGGCGGCGUCAAGGGAUGUUUCUGCUGUUGCCUGGGACAGGAGAUGACAAUUCAAGCACAUUUAGGAAGAGAAAUAGCGUCUAUUUCCGAGGACUGGACCAUAUUGGGUACAUCCCUCACAAUUUAUGACGUCAAGGGAAAACCUAUAUUAAAGAUUAUUGGCGCCAUCCUCCCGUCGUAUUGGUCCGGCUUGUUCACCGCGGAAGUGUUCCAGGUGCAAACAAUGGCAGGCACUGUAGUGGGCGAGAUAAGGGCAUCACUAGUAGAUAAGGUCAUCAGCGUCUCCUUUCCCAUUAACCUGGACGUCCACAUCAAAGGAUGUCUCAUCGGUUGCGCCAUUUUGGUCGCGUUCAUGUUUGACUUCAGAGGCUGCGCCUUUAACUGCGGUCAAAUAGUGCGGCUGUCUGUACGUCAUCCUCCAGGACAAGGGCCCUGCUGUUGACAGAGAGGCGCCUGUUUUAUACGUGGCUGGGUGUUUCCUCAUCCAUAGCUGUUCCACGGUGAAAACAGCCGUUCAAAGCCAGUGAUCACCGUGUUCUCAGAGGCAAAUGACCAUGGAUGCAGGAACAUCUUGUGCGUGGAGUGCAUAAAGACUGCAUAAAGGUGCUACGUAAUGUUACAGACCUGAAAUGUGAGGAAAAUGUAAUCAUAAAUCCCGACCUAAAAGGUUGCAGCUGAAAUCGCUGUUUCUGACGGCACAGUUACCGUUACCCGUCAAGCCAUGUGUUGUACGUCGUCGCAACUCCUUCACAGCGUCAGCUGUUAAAGGGGUUGCGACAUGUCACUCCACGUUGUUCCAGGUAAACUUAGAAGACUGUUAUUUCCACAGAGGCAAACUUGCAUUGCAAGUUCCUGUCGAUGAUGGUAAUAAGAGCGGAGCAAUGCGCACCGCGAAUACCGAAGCCCAUGCGGCUAUGCUCAAUGUUUUUUGGCUACCACUUGAGAAAAUGCUAUUUAAAGGCUUUCUAACGACAACGAUCUACACACAGUUGCUUCUAGUUAUACCACAACCAAAUAUUUAAACGUCCAGUGAUGCCAUUUAAACUUGCAAUGUACUUGAUGAGUACUUUAAAGUACUUUGUAAUUUACUUUAGGUAGGUUAACAUGGUACCUUGUACUGUACUGAAAGUACAACAGGUGCUAGAAACUUGGUACUUUCCUUCAAGUACAAUUUUGAGGUACUUUGCGCACCACUGGCAGCGAGAGAGCGUAGCAUUGCCGAGAGUCACCGUGUAAUGAUGGACCAUUUCUACCAUUGUAUUCCAAAAACCAUGAAAGAUUGGUUGACACACAGCUGACACUGCAAAUGCUUUUCAGUGUCAUUGUGGUUACUGGCGAUGCUGUUCUAUUGGCUUGUAAUGGCUUCUAUUGGCUUCUAUUGGUGCUUCUAAUGCCGAAUGUUGGGAUCGUGAGUUUGGCUUUUCAUGUCAAAUUCCUGCACAGCGAACUCCAUAAUAAACGUUCAAUAAAGACAUUUCUGAAAAUUCA